AUGGAGGUGUUACCAAAGAAUCCCAUCAUAGAGUACAUUCCUGAUACUCUGACUGCUAUCAGGAAACAGUAUAACCUGGACGGACCGGGGAGAAUGAACGAGGCUAUAGAGAUUCUUGAAGAAUGGCUGAAGAAGCAAGAACAUUUUGUUGUCAAGACGUUCCCGCGAACCUACCUGGAGAGAAUCAUCAUCAACAACAAAGGCUCGUUAGAAGCAUGCAAGAGGAAGCUGGACCGCGCGUGUACCUUUAGAACUCUACUGCCAGAUUUUUACGGCAACCUCAGCAUCAAAAACUAUGAAGCCUACAAAAUGUUCACAAACGCACUGCUACCUAAGAUGACCCCAGACUAUGGUAGAGUCAUAAUUGUAAAGUGUUUCGGGAACAAAUUCGAGACUGAGAGACUCAUGGAUUACUAUAAAUUCUUCAUUUAUCUAUGCGAGUACGUGCAGGCGCACGACUAUAUCACGGGUAUCAGGUACCUGGUGGACUGCAGGGAGUCCGACAUUUUGGAAUUUGCCAACGCCUCCAACUUGAUCAACUUCAAAAAAAUCAUGGACGUAUCCAUCGAUGGGUACUGCUUCAGAAUAAAGGGUCUGCACAUAAUAUCGGAGUCGAAAAGUGUGGACUACUUAGUGAUGUUCCUGAAACAAGUGUUCAGCACUAAGAUAGCGAGCAGAAUACAGUAUCACAAGUCCUUGGAGACCAUCUAUGAUGUGUUCCCGAAGGACAUUCUGCCUGCGGAGUACGGUGGGAAUGAUAAGAGUAUACCGGAACUUCGUGAUGACUUAUUUAGGGAGCUGGGUUCGGCGGAGUUCACGCAGUAUUUUGAAGAUAUGAAGAAGGCGCGCACCAACGAGGACAGGCGGCUCGCGGCCAAGUUUAAUGAGGAGUAUUUGGGACUACCUGGUACCUUUAGGACUUUGAACGUUGAUUAAACCUUCGCACACAUAAGGUCAAUUCAGACCGAACGCGACGCAUAGAUGCAUUUCUAAAUUUGUAUGGAUUUAACUGGUUUGCAAGACGUCCC